UGCAGCCGUGGCUGAGAUCCCCCCAGCAGGGCUCUGGUCCCACAGGGGUGCCCAGGGCAGGGCACAGGCCGACCCUUUGCCUCUGUUCCAGCAGACACCAUGGGAAGGGCUGAGGGUGCUGCACCAGCAGAGCCUGGGGACCCCGACAGCAGUGAGUCUGGAGCCAUCAGCCUGCGCCCCGUGGAGUCCAUCAGCGACCUGUACUGGGCCUCGGGGGGGCACAAGGGCACAGAGGGCAACGGCCCGGCUCCCUCCAGCAGCCUGCACCGGCCCCCAGCUCGGCCCGUGUCCCCCGUGCCCCCGCCGCUCCUGCCCACCCUGCGCCCCGUGCCCCCCGCCAGCCCCUGCCCCUGCCUCGGCCCUGGCCACCCCCUGCUGCUGGCCCUGCUGGCGCUCCUGGCACUGUCCAGCCUGGUCCUGGCCACGCUGGCCAUCUACCUGAGUGUCCUGCAGAGCCAGUCGGUGCGGGCGCUGGCCCAGUGGCUGCAGAGCCAGGAGGACGCCGUGCACCAGCUGCGGGCAGCCAGCAGGCAGCUCUGGGCUCGCCUCAACGCCAGUGCCCAGCCGGGCGGGCACCGCUGAGCUGCCCCUGGCCCCACCACGGGCUCUGGGCCGCCACGGGAAGGGGCACCGAAGGGCAGGAGGGGGGAGCAGCAGCCUUACCCACUGAGACCUGGCAGCAUUGUCCCUUGGAAC